CGUCAUUGAUAUUUGCGCAUGCGCAUUUCGGAUGUCGUCCUGCCAGCAACAGACAGAGGAGGAGCAGCCCCCUUUUCCUCCAUCAAGACUUCCCACUUAUGUAUGAGUGCAGUCAAGAAAAGGGAAACUUCAUGUCGCCUGCUCUGCAACCACAUGCUUGUUCCUGUGGAGCACCGAAUAUCUCCUUCUAAGACUAAGGAGCCAACUUGGAGUCUUUGACAAUGGACAACCUAAUAGACUUUGACAUGUCAUCUGAGGCUACACCAAGAGACAACCCUUCGUGCCAUUCAAACAUUUUCUCCCCAGAGCCACUGUCCUCCAGGUUGGCUCUGCAACCCUCACUCCCAGAAGCCAUGGCCCCCACCAAGUUCAGCUCCCAUCACCGUCACAAAGAUGAGGAUGGAAAUGUGAGCGAUGCAACCGAGUCCGCAGACAGUGAGAACGACAUGGACUCGCCCUUGACCGCGUUGGAACUAAGACGCUCGUCGUCGUCAUCUGCUCACAGUGCUGAGGACAAUGAUGCUGAGGCAGUUGAGAGAAGGGAGUUCAUGAAGACGUAUGUGGAGAAAGUGUUCCAUGGAAGGGAGGACUUGGAUCAAGAAGAGAAAUCUCGAUUUGGAGAGCUGUGCAGUGGCGAAAAUGGGAAAGGCAGAGAGUGGUUUGCUAAAUUUGUCAGUGCACAGCGCUGCCAAUCUAAAUGUGUGAGUGAAGGUGCCUUCUACAGACUGGUGCAGUCUUUUGCUGUCGUAUUGUUUGAAUGUCACCAAAUGGAUGACUACAGCCCAGCCAAAAACCUAAUGACUAUGUGCUUUACAUACUACUAUAUUGGAAAGUCGCAGCCAUCUCCUGCAGAAUUAUUCGACCGUGGAGGCCCACCUGCUGGUCUGGACUCGUAUCUAUACAAGGCCAACUCCUGGCUGUCUGAUAAGAAAGAUGCUGCUGAGCGACUCCUCAAAAACUCAUCGAAGACUGACGUCAAAGGCUUUUUUGGAGGCCUUGAAAGCAAGUUGAGAAACUCAGUGACUACGAAGACCGAGGAUGGUGAAAGUCAAUUUAAGACAAAACCUAAUUUAUCAGUGUCUGAGGUUCCAGAGGAAACCAAAGGAGAAAAGGUGUACUUGUACACCCACCUGAAGCAGCAACCCAUCUGGCACACAUUGCGAUUCUGGAAUGCUGCAUUCUUUGAUGCAGUUCAUUGUGAGAGGAACAAGAGGUCACCAACUACAAGCAGGGGAACGCAAGAUGAAGACAAAGAUAAAAGGGAGAAGUGGUGUCACAUGACCCAGCAGGAAAGGGACGACCGCUCCAAAAUGGAUGAAAACAUUGCUUUUGGCCAGCUGGGGACAUUUACUCACAACAUGCUGGCAUUUGGGCUCAGUAAAAAAUUGUGCAAAGAUUUUCUGAAGAAGCAGGCUGUCAUUGGAAACCUGAAUAAAGAGCAGUACAACUUGUUAACUGACCACAUUGAGAAGAUGGCAACAGAGUGAGGGUGAGGACAACGUGUCGAAUUUCAUGGUCUCCAGCCUGAGCAUGAGCCGUCUCAAAUCAAUGUCACGUGACCAAUUGAAAUACAACACACAUCACUGCAGGGGGGUCCUCGUUUGACGAAAUCCUGUGUUAUGAAUUUCCCUGUUUACCAAACGCACUUUCUUCAUUAUUAAUACCGUACAAAAAAAAAAAAACUAGUUCCGGGCGCGUGGUGGAAUAGUAUGUACAAGGAGUAUAUGCGUAGUCGCGCUUGCUACACGGGUUAAGAAAGGACAAGAAUGUCACUUUUGUUCUUUUUGAUUGACCUUUUGACUUUAAUCUCCAGCAUGAGGCAGACCCUUCUGGGGGCAGUGUGUUUAAAAAAAAAAACUGAACUUAUUUAUUUAUAUUUUUAGAUAGGAUUAAUCACACUAUCGACUCUUAGAUGACUCAUAAUUCAUCACAGGUUUUUUCUUGCUUGCAUAAGUUAAAUUAACUUAAAAAAGAUCCUAAUAUUUGGGCAUAGAUGGAAUUUUAUCGUCAGAAUGUCAUGCAGGAACAUUUUUUUAAAGGUUUUACGUGAACAUAUGCUCAAAACUUGAUCAAAGUCCAGUAGGGUCUGCAGUAUAAUAAAGUGAAAUUUGCCAGUUAGUACCCCAGUCGGAGUCGGACGUAUACGUUGACCUGAUCACUGACAACACAACAACAACACAAACCUUUCAGGUAACCAUCCACAGUUAGGGUAAAGGAGCAUUUAAGCUAAAAUGGUGUGAUUGAAGGCCUACUGAAAUGAGAUUUUCCUAUUUAAACGGGGAUAGCAGGUCCAUUUUAUGUGUCAUACUCUGAUCAUUUUGCGAUAUUGCCAUAUUUUUGCUGAAAGGAUUUAGUAGAGAACAUCGACGAUAAAGUUUGCAACUUUUGGUCGCUAAUAAAAAAGCCUUGCCUGUACCGGAAGUAGCAGACGAUAUGCGCGUGACGUCACGGGUUGUGGAGCUCCUCACAUCUGAAAUUUUUUUACUAUCAUGGCCACCAGUAGCGAGAGCGAUUCGGACCGAGAAAGUGACGAUUUCCCCAUUAAUUUGAGCGAGGAUGAAAUAUUUGUGGAUGAGGAAAGUGAGAGUGAAGGAUUAGAAAAAAUACAAAUAAAAAAGAAAGGCUAUACAGUGGGAGCGAUUCGCAUAUUAUUAGACAAAUUUACUAGGUUAAUUCUGGAAAAUCCCUUAUCUGCUUAUUGUGUUACUAGUGUUUUAGUGAGAUAUUAUGGUCGUACCUGUACACCCUGAAGGUCGGCCCCGCACCUUUCUUCAGCACCAGUUGACGGGUGGUGGUAUGCCCAUCUCCGCCUUUUGCAAGGGACCUUCUUCGAAACACGAUCUUUUGAAAUGAUCGCUGCAUAAUACGCUCUACUUUGUGUUUGUGGUCCAAUCCAACCGUGUUCGCUUGACCGCUCUGUUCCAUCGUAAAGCUUCACCGUCAUCUUUCGGGAAUGUAAUCAAUGAAACACCGGCUGUGUUUGUGUUGCUAAAAGCGGUCGCAAUACACCACUUAUCACCUACAGCUUUCUUCUUUGACGUCUCCAUUAUUCAUUGAACAAAUUGCAAAAGAUUCAGCAACUCAGAUGUCCAUAGAACUGUGAAAUUAUGCGAUGAAAAGAGACGACUUAUAGCUGUGAACGGUGCUGGAACAAAAUGUCCUCUACAAUGCGUGACGUCACACGCAUGCGUAAUCAUAUCGUGACGUUUUAGCAUGAUACUUCCGCGCGAAAUUUAAAAUUGCAAUUUAGUAAACUAAACCGGCCGUAUUGGCAUGUGUUGCAAUGUUAAUAUUUAAUCAUUGAUUUAUAAACUAUCAGACUGCGUGGUCGGUAGUAGUGGGUUUCAGUAGGCCUUUAAUUUGCGUAAUUACAUGAUUAAUGCAAGAUUUUUUUCUUGUGAUUAAUCACAAGAUUAAUAUUGACAGCCCCAGAAAUCAGACAUGCUUGACGGAGCAGUAAUUAAAACUUUUUCAUCGACUUUUAGACAGAAGGGUUCAAUCUGUGUGCUUAUUUGAAGCCGACACGACAAACACGCUCAGUGGAGAUAAAGUUUGAAAAAAGGUGACUGUUUUUACACAACUUUUGCUUUGAAGGGGGAAUUGCAAACUUCCUGUUGAUUUUUGCUGGUAUGAUUUUGUCAGUGGAUGAAAUAUAGGUCUAAGUGAGACCUACAUAGAGGUUUUUGUUUUCUCCGACAUUCCUACUGCGAGUUAGAGGCAGUUUUGUCUGUGUUUUCUUCCUAGGGGGCGCUCGAGCGCAGUUUUGAGUUUUAGGGUUUGUUUUUUUGAUUAGAUCUCAAUUUUUGCCAGUCCUGAUGUGUGUGUCCAUUUUGGUAUAUUUUGAAGCAUGUUAAGAGGGUCAAAUUACAGCUCAAAGAGGCGGCGGUAUAAUAGAAAUAAUAAAGAAUUAAAGCUGCAACCAGCGAGGGACGGGACCGACUUUUGCUGGUGUUUCCUGCCUUUACCCAUUCAACAUAUCUUUACCUGCACAUUACCUACCUUCCCUGCAUCCUGGGGUCACACUGGUGCUUUUUUCUUUCACCCAUACAUGCUGGUGCUUCCUGCCAUCACCCAGACAACAUAUCUUUAUCUGCCCGUUACCUACCUUCUCUGUAUCCUGGAGUCAAACUGGUGCCUCCUUCUUUCACCCAGUCAACAUAUCUUUACCCGCAUAGUACCUACCUUCUCUGUAUCCUGGAGUCAAACUGGUGCCUCUUUCUUUCACCCGGUCAACAUUUGCACGUCACUGAGUUAGAAGCAGUUUUGUCUGAGCAGGAAGCCGCCAUUUUGUGACAGCAGUACACACAACAGCACCAAGACAACAUAUCCUUACCUGCACAUUGCCUACCUUCUCUGUAUCCUGGAGUCAAACUUCUUUCACCCAGUCAACAUAUCUUUGCCCGCACAUUACCUACCUUCUCUGCAUUGUGUGGUCACGCUGGUGCAUCCUGCUUUUAAGCGGCCAUCUUGAGACGGCAGCAGCGCAGAAGCAUCAGCGUAACGGUUCUUUGAAGGCUCAUAAAAUCAAAACCGGAUGAGUUAAAAAAACUCUGCGCAACUUUUAAUCAGAAAGGUUCAAUCUCUUUCCUGUGCGAGUUUGAAGCCAACAUAACAAACACGCUCAGAGGAGAUCCAUCCAUCCAUUUCCUACCGCUUAUUCCCUUUCAGGGGCGCUGGCGCCUAUCUCAGCUACAAUCGGGCAGAAGGCAGCGUACACCCUGGACAAGUCGCCACCUCAUCGCAGGGCCAACACAGAUAGACAGACAACAUUCACACUCACAUUCAUACACUAGGGCCAAUUUAGUGUUGCCAAUCAACCUAUCCCCAGGUGCAUGUCUUUGGAAGUGGGAGGAAGCCGGAGUACCCGGAGGGAACCCACACAUUCACGGGGAGAACAUGCAAACUCCACACAGAAAGAUCCCGAGCCUGGAUUUGAACCCAGGACUGCAGGAACUUUGUAUUGUGAGGCAGACGCACUAACCCCUCUUCCACCGUGAAGCCCAUUAUCUCAGAGGAGAUAAUGUUUGAAAAAAGGUGACGGGUUUUUACAAAACUUUUGUUUUGAAGAGGUAAUUGCCAACUUCUUGUUGAUCUUUGCUGAAGGAUGAGACCUACAUAGAGGUUGUUGUUUCAUGUCCCUACGACAUUCCUACCGGAAUUUACAAGCAGUUUUGUCUGUGUUUUCUUCCUAUGAGCAGUUUUGUCUGUGUUUUAUUCCUAGGGGGCGCUAGAGCGCAAUUUUGAGUUUUGGGUUUUUUUUUUUUUUUAUUAAAUCGCAAUUUUCACCAGUCCGGAUGUGUGUGUCCAGUUUGGUGAGUUUUGAAGCAUUUUAAGGGGAUCAAAUUACUGCUCAAAGAGGCAAAAAUUAAAUUUUUUAGGAAACUUUUGUUUUGAAGGGGUUUUGCCAACUUUCUGUUGAUUUUUGCUGAAGGAGGUCAGUGUAUGAAAUGUAGGUCUAAGUCAGACCUACAUAGAAGUUUUUGUUUCAUGUCUCUACAACAUUCCUAACGGAAGUUACAAGCAGUUGUGUCUGUGUUUUUUCCUAGGAGUCGCUAGAGCGCAAUUUUGAGUUUUGGGCUUUGUUUUUUUGAUUAAAUCGCAAUUUUUGCCAGUCCUGAUGUGUGUGUUCAAUUUGGAGAGUUUUGAAGCAUGUUAAGGGGGUCAAAUUACAGCUCAAAGAGGAGGCAGUAUAAUAAUAAUUAAAGAUUUGGUCCCUAAUAAUUAUAAAACGCUAGAAAUUCAAUAGGGUCCUCUGUCCCAAAGGGACAUCGGUCCCUAAUUAGUGUAGUGGACUCAGUUUUGAGACUUCCUCACAACAGGGGGGAAAGUAAGGAGUUGGCCUGCCUUUUUUUUUUAAGUUAUAGUACCACUGAUUGUCACACACACACUAGGCGUGGUGAAAUUUGUCCUCUGCAUUUGACCCAUCCCCUUGUUCCACCCGCUGAGAGGUGAGGGGAGCAGUGAGCAGCAGCGGUGCCGCGCCCGGUAAUCAUUUUUAAUGAUUUAACCCCCAAUUCCAACCCUUGAGGCUGAGUGCCAAGCAGGGAGGUAAUGGGUCCCAUUUUUAUAGUCUUUGGUAUGACUCGGCCGGGGUUUGAACUCACAAUCUACCGAUAUCAGGACGGACACUCAAACCACUAGGCCACUGAGAGGGCAAUGUCCAAAUAUUAGGUUAUUAGUUAAUUUAAUUUAUGAUAGCAAGUAAAAACCUGUGAUGAAUUAUGAGUCAUCUAAGAGUCAAUAGUGUGAUUAAUCCUAUCUUGAAAAAAAAUAAUUACGUUCCAUUUUUUUUUAAACACCCUCCCCCCAGAAGGGUCUGCCUCUGACCCUGGAGAUGGAAGUCAUAAGGUCAAUCAAAAAGAACAAAAGUGACAUUGUCCUUUCUCAACCUUUGUCCUUUAAAUAACUAUUUAAUUCAGUUAUUCUAUAUAAUCUUUUCAUUAAAAUGUUUUAUUUUGCGUCAAUUAUUCUGCCUAGUAUGACUGACUUAGUCGUAGGACUGGAACUCGUUCGUAGCGUGAGGACCACCUGUACUGUCAACUGUGCCAAAGUUGUAGCAAAGCUCAGUAGUGCUCUGAUACACACAACAUCAAACUUCAUGUGUAAACGCACUUCUUUGCAAAGUGGAAAAAACUUUUCUGCUGUAUAAAAAAAAACAUAUCUGCUUCUGCGUGCAACGACACAGCUCACCAUAGACUAGAACAGUGGUUCUUAACCUGGGUUCGAUCGAACCCUAGGGGUUUGGUGAGUCGGCCUCAGGGGUUCAGCGGAUGUCAAAACACACCCGACUCUUCGUAUGAAUAAAAACUUCUCCCUAUCGGCGUUUUGCGGAUACGGCAACAGCUGAAUGAUUUGCAGGUGUGUAAUUUGUUGUAAGUUUAUGCACUGUGUUGGUUUUGUUGUCUGAACAAAGUGAUGUUCAUGCACGGUUCAUUUUGUGCACCAGUAAAAAAAAAAAAACAUUGUCACACUUUAGUAUGGGUAACAUAUUCAGCAUUAAUUAGUUGCUUAUUAACAUGCAAAUUAGUAACUUAUUGGCUCUUAACUAGUCAUUAAUAAGUACUUAUUAAUGCCUUAUUCGGCCUGGCCCUAUAAUAACCCUAACCCUAACCAAAAAACUCUGAAUUAAGUCUUUAUUACUUAGAAUAUGUCACCCUAGUUUCCAAAUAACUCUAAAUUAAGUCUUUUUUACUUAGAAUAUGUUCCCCUAGUGUCCAAAUAACUCUAAAUUAAGUAUUUGUUACUCAGAAUAUGUUCCCCAUACUAAAGUGUUACCAAAAACAUAUAACUUGGUCCUGAAUUUGAAAAAAACAACAUUUUUUUCUUCACUAAAGAAGGGUUCGGUGAAUGUGCAUAUAAAACUGGUGGGGUUCGGUACCUCCAACAAGGUUAAGAACCACUGGACUAGAACCUUGUGCAGUAUGCAGUGAAAUAACGUUUUUAACCUGUUCAAGAAAUGACUGAUUAUCUUUAUCCCUUCUUUGUAUUCAACACUGUACAGCUUCUGUGUACUUUAAAGAGAAGACUGUAUGUUUAAUUUUAAUUUAAAAUGGGGAAAGGUUUUGUCUGCAAACCAACCUCAAUGUUUAAGAAUAAAAACAUUUAGAAGAUUGGGACUUGAUUAAUACUAUUCAGUAUCAAUACUGAUGGAGUAAAAUAAGGGUCUCAUUAAAGUACGUACUUCUUGACACAUGACUGUUGGCAACAGCAGGAGAUCAUUGUAUUUGAGAAGAGUCUGAUGGCGAAGUGGAGUACAAAACUGUCGAGGACACAUGGGACAAUCUAUUGAGUGCAGCUCCUGCCCUAAAUUAUUUAUAUUUGUAUUCGGACCGAAACUGAGCAGCCGGUAGAGAUGCAUGCCGUAACCACUUUCCAACUUUACCCAUUUUUUUAACCUUUAACAAUUCAUCUCAUGGGAUCACAAAUACGUUAGAGCACGGGUGCCGAAAGUGAGGCCUGUGGGCCAAAUUUGGCCCGUUGAGUCACUUUGUUUGGUCCGCCAAAGCAUGGAAACUUUAUAAAAUUUGUCUUUGGGUUAUUGUGUGUUUCACACUUAAAAUUUGGGGUUUUCUGAUCCAAUAUUGAUGUAGGUUAUCUGCAUACUUGCCAACCUUGAGACAUCCGGAUUCGGUAGA